CCCGCUGCGGGAGGCGCUGGAGGGUGCGGGCCGCAUCAUCGACCGGCAGGUGCAGGCCGACCGCUGCUACCCGGACCUGGCGGAGCGCCUGGCCGUGCCCGCGCCCGGUAGCCCUACGAUUUCUGGUAUGUCAGAUAUGGAUUAUCCUUUGCAAGGACCUGGUUUGCUCUCAAUACCCAAUCUUCCAGAGAUCAGUUCAAUCCGCCGAGUCCCACUUCCUCCAGAGCUAGUGGAGCAAUUUGGACAUAUGCAGUGUAACUGUAUGAUGGGAGUAUUUCCAGAAAUCAACAGAGCUUGGUUGAUCAUCGACAGUGACAUUUUUAUGUGGAAUUACGAAGAUGGGGGAGACCUUGCUUAUUUUGAUGGUCUAAGUGAAACUAUUCUUGCAGUGGGUCUUGUGAAGCCAAAGGCAGGUAUUUUCCAGCCACAUGUACGUCACCUACUUGUUCUGGCCACUCCUGUGGAUAUAGUGAUUCUAGGACUUAGCUAUGCUAACAUACAAGCAGGUACGGGAGUCCUCAAUGACAGUAUGUCUGGUGGAAUGCAGUUGCUACCAGAUCCUCUCUAUUCACUCCCUACUGAUAACACCUACAUUCUGACAAUAACUUCCACUGACAAUGGGCGUAUCUUUUUAGCUGGAAAGGAUGGCUGUUUAUAUGAAGUUGCUUACCAGGCUGAGGCUGGCUGGUUUAGUCAACGGUGUAGGAAGAUCAAUCAUUCAAAGAGCUCCCUCUCUUUUCUUAUUCCUUCAUUGCUGCAGUUCACAUUCUCAGAAGAUGAUCCCAUAGUUCAAAUUGCUAUUGACAACUCUCGAAACAUCUUAUACACCCGUUCAGAAAAAGGAGUAAUACAGGUUUAUGAUUUGGGCCAAGAUGGUCAAGGAAUGGCACGAGUUGCUUCUGUUUCUCAGAAUGCUGUUGUUUCUGCUGCUGGAAAUAUAGCCAGGACUAUAGAUCGUUCUGUUUUCAAGCCUAUUGUUCAAAUAGCAGUGAUAGAAAAUUCGGAAUCCAUAGAUUGUCAGCUGUUGGCAAUCACACAUGCAGGUGUACGACUGUAUUUUAGUACAUCCCCAUUUAAGCAUCCGGCAGCAAGGCCCUCCAUGUUAACAUUGGUUCACGUCCGCUUGCCUCCAGGAUUUUCAGCUUCUUCAAAUGUGGAGAAGCCAUCCAAAGUGCACAGAGCUCUUUACAGCAAGGGUGUCUUACUGAUGGCAGCUUCUGAAAAUGAGGAUAAUGAUAUCUUGUGGUGCAUCAAUCAUGAUUCUUUCCCUUUUCAAAAAGCUAUGAUGGAAACGCAGAUGACCACGCGCGUUGAUGGGCAUUCGUGGGCGCUUUCUUCCAUCGAUGAGUUUAAGGUUCAAAAGAUUAUAACACCACUAAAUAAGGACAUUAUUCCCAUAACUGAUUCACCUGUUGUUGUACAACAGCAUAUGCUGCCACCAAAGAAAUUUGUCCUGCUGUCAGCCCAGGGGAGCUUUAUGUUUCACAAACUCAGACCUGUAGAUCAGCUACGACAUCUCCUUGUUAGCAAUGUCAGUGGUGAUGGAGAAGAAAUUGAAAGGUUUUUUAAGUUACAUCAGGAAGACCAGGCCUGUGCUACUUGCCUUAUUCUUGCCUGCUCUACUGCUGCUUGUGAUAGAGAAGUAUCUGCCUGGGCUACCCGAGCCUUUUUCCGGUAUGGCAGAGAAGCACAAAUGCGAUUUCCAUCAGCUUUACCUCCUCCAAGCAACGUAGGACCUAUCUUGGGCUCUCCGGUUUCUGGCAGUUCCCCUAUACCUGCCGAUAGUCUAUAUCCAAGCUUUCUGUCAACACCAGCACAAGGUUUGCAGCCUCCCAGUAUGUCAACCCCUAUGUUUGCUUCAGGGAAUUCCAUGUCUCAGGUUGGUGCAUCUAUUAGUGGUAUGAUGGGCCCAGAAAUAGUGUUUUCUGGAAAACACAAUGGCAUCUGCAUAUACUUCGCUCGCAUUAUAGGAAAUAUUUGGGAUGGCAGUAUAGUUGUGGAGAGAGUUUUCAAAAGUGGCAAUCGAGAAGUUGUUGCGGUUGAAAGCAGUGUUCCAUCCCAUGUACUAGAAACUGUGCUCCAAGAACUAAAGGGUUUGCAGGAAUUUCUGGAUAGAAAUUCACAGUUUGCAACAGUUGGAGCCCUUGGAAACCCAAGUUUUAGCACGCCUGCUAACUUGCAACAGAGGUUACUGGGGUUCAUGCGUCCUGAUGGUGGAAGUUCUCAGCAAGUUCAGCAAGAGCUCCAAAGGAAGUUCCAUGCAGAGGCACAAUUAACUGAAAAGACUUCACUUCAAGGGAUCCAGCAGCUUGUUCGCAAAACCUGCCAAGCUUUGGCUUUGUGGAAACUUCUCUGUGAGCAUCAGUUCAAUGUUGUUGUAGGUGAACUUCAGAAGGAAUUGCAAGAACAUUUGAAGAUUACUGCUUUCAAAGACUUGGUAAUUAGAGACAAAGAGUUAACUGGAGCACUCAUAGCCUCUCUCAUCAACUGUUACAUCAGAGAUAAUGCUGCUGUGGAUGGCAUCAGUACACAUUUACAAGACAUCUGUCCUCUUCUGUACAGCACUGAUGAUGCAGUCUGUUCCAAGGCAAAUGAACUCCUUCAGCGGUCCCGACAGGUUCAGAGCAAACUGGAAAAAGAGAAAAUGCUCAGAGAAUCACUGAAGGAGUACCAAAAGAUCAGUAAUCAAGUGGACCUUGCUAAUGUCUGUGCACAGUAUAGGCAAGUGCGUUUCUAUGAGGGUGUGGUGGAACUCUCCCUUACUGCUGCUGAGAAGAAGGAUCCUCAAGGUCUUGGGCUCCAUUUCUACAAAAAUGGAGAACCAGAGGAGGACAUAGUUGGACUUCAAGCUUUCCAGGAGAGGUUAAACAGCUACAAAUGCAUUACUGACACCCUUCAGGAACUGGUAAAUCAGAGUAAAGCUGCUCCUCAGUCUCCUAGCGUACCCAAAAAGCCAGGCCCCCCAGUGUUGUCAUCUGAUCCAAACAUGCUGAGCAAUGAAGAAGCUGGACAUCAUUUUGAACAAAUGCUUAGACUGGCUCAGCGUUCAGCAGAUGAACUCUUUAGUAUUGCGCUCUAUAACUGGCUGAUACAAGCUGACCUUGCAGACAAAUUGCUACAGGUGUCCUCCCCAUUUUUGGAGCCACAUCUGGUGCAUAUGGCCAAGAUUGAUCAAAACAAAGUCCGUUAUAUGGAUUUACUGUGGAGAUACUUUGAGAAGAACAGAAAUUUUAGUAAUGCAGCCAGGGUGUUAGCUAAGUUGGCAGACCUGCAUAGCACAGAGAUAUCACUUCAGCAGCGACUUGAAUAUCUUGCACGUGCCAUUCUGAGUGCCAAGAGCUCUACUGCCAUAUCAUCAAUAGCUGCAGAUGGUGAAUUCCUACAUGAACUAGAAGAAAAAAUGGAAGUAGCCAGGAUACAGCUUCAAAUACAGGAAACAUUACAGCGCCAGUAUUCUUAUCAUUCCUCGGUACAAGAUGCAAUUUCCCAGCUGGAUUCUGAGCUGAUGGACAUAACCAAGCUCUAUGGUGAAUUUGCUGACCCUUUCAAGCUCUCAGAGUGUAAGUUGGCAAUUAUACAUUGUGCAGGCCAUUCCGACCCUAUCUUGGUGCAGACUCUCUGGCAAGAAAUAAUUGAAAAAGAAUUGAGUGACAGUGUGACUCUAAGUCCAGCUGACAGAAUGCAGGCUCUGAGCUUGAAGAUGGUAUUGCUUGGAAAAAUAUAUGCUGGCACACCUCGCUAUUUCCCAUUAGAUUUCUUAGUGCAGUUUCUUGAGCAACAAGUUUGUUCUUUGAAUUGGGAUGUGGGAUUUGUAACAUACACUAUGCAAGAAAUUGGAGUGCCACUGCCUAAGCUUCUUGAAGUAUAUGAUCAGUUGUUCAAAGCGCGGGAUCCAUACUGGAACAGAAUGAAAAAACCUUUACACCUUUUGGAGUGUAUCCAUGUAUUAUUAUCAGGAUAUGUCCAGGAUCCUAGCAAAGUGCUUAAUUUUGAGAGACGACGAUUCACAAAUGUUUGUUUGGAUGCUGUUAGUUGCUACCUUGUUGAACUUCAGUCUAUGAGCCCUACAUUAACAGUGCAGACCACUACUGGGAAUUUUAAAUCCCUACAGGCUAAAUUAGAACGAAUCCAUUGAUUGACUGAUAAGAUAAAGAACUGACAGCUCAGAUGCAACGAACUGUAGAAGAGAAGCUCAGAUGUCUGCACUGAAAUCUGGAAAAGCAAAUGCUCAAUACAUCUGCUAACAUUAAAGAUCCUCCUGCAAUUAAAAAAAUAAUGUCUUUGCUCAUACUAAUCUACAGGUAUCUACAAAUAGUAGAAUGUAUAUUUGACAAAUCAAGGUGCGUUUUUUUUGCUACUGCCAAUUUUUUUUCUAAUUAUAGAAAAUCUUUUUUAUACUGUUGGAAUAAGAUAUGUUGUACAAUCUCCCUUCAGGAUUAAAAUUAUU